AUGACUUCGACUUGUCAGUGCAGGAGACGGACCUCAAGAAAUCGUCAUCAGCAUAUGCUGCAGAGAACGUGCACAUCAUCAAUGCCAUUCUGGGAGCGGGGAAAAACGUCAUCUUCGCAGACAGCGGAAAUCGGGAGCCCUCCAGGGCUGCAUUCCGGAAGCAAAUCAAAGAUCGGGGCGUGCGCUCCGAGGACUCGGCGGAGCUUCAGGUCUGCUUGCCUGUGGAUGCCGCUGUCUGGUACAUCAAGUCUCAAGGCUUCCAGAAACCGCUUGUGGUCUCAUCCCAGGAGUCGCUGUUCGAAGAGGUACUGCUAG